UGUUUCGGGCACUCCAACGAAUCGAAGAGUUCUGGAUUCACAAACAUCACCAGAGCAUGCCACUCCCGUGUUCCUUAAUCAUUCGUCGCCACGAUAUUCUGCACCGUUAUCAACGACGGAUGACACUGCAUCUCUUGUUCUUGCUCACGUUACAGUGGUUGAUAACCCACUUUGGUACACCAACAUCUCGACCAAAAGCCUUGCUCAUAUCCCUGAGAUGUUAGCGGAGGUGCAGUUGGGAAGACAGUCAACCAUCAAGGAGCAGCAUAAUGUGGUUGGGACUUUGACGCAGGAUGAAAAGAGUGGGAAGAAAGUGGGAGACAAGCGCAGAGCUACCGGUUUAGAGGGAAAAUUCAGAAACCCUGUGGACCAGGCAACAGACUCUGACGUUGCCAGACAGUCUAAACGGAAUCCGUCCCUGUCUUCAGAGAAGCCGCGACAGCUGCAGGGUUUCUCAAUGACUGAAAAGCAGGCUGCUGAACAGCAAUUUACAUCAGGUGAUGGUCAAUCCCAUCAGGGCGGCAUCGGGACACAGCCAAAAGGAGGACAAAAAAGAAUACAGGGCAAACUGAAGAUUGAGGGCUUCCAGAAACACAAAUGGAUCAACCCGUCUCCAAAGCUCCCACUUACAGAUUCUAGACGUUCUGCGCUGCACGAACGUCAAAGGGAAGUUGUGGCAGUCGCCAGUGGCAUUGAGACAGCCACCAAAGAGGCACUUGAAAAGCUUUUAGGUCGAGCUAAAGACCAGCAGGCAUCGCUAGGUGAAGAGUGGAGGCGCUACGAGGAACUUGAGCACCGUCGACUGCUCCUCCUCUCUUCGAGAGGGAGGAAUAAAGGACAAGAGGAGACCCACAGAGAUUCCUUGCGAGAAGCAAAAACGGAGUUCCGCAGGGGUUUGGCAAGUCUCCAACAGACCGUCGAUACGCUUCAAAAACAGCUCGCAAGUCUCAGUGUCGGCCGCUUAGUUCCUCGACAUGUACUCCUCGGUGCGACGGAUUCUCCCGGCUCGCAAAGUGACCAACAGAGUUUGGAAGAGUGGCAAGGUCGGGCUCGAACAACUGAGGAAGGUGUGGCCGGUCACAGCGAAGGGGUGAAACAUGACAGAAAGAAAGGUAGCUCUUCCGUUCAUGAUCUGGCAUUUGGUAAUCCGACAGAACUCGUAGUACUAGCGACCCACGUGCAGGAACUCUUGGAGCAACAGCAGCGUCUCACAGCUUUCCUGGAAUCACUUGUUUCCCUUCAGAGCCAUCGCCUGAUCCAGCAGCAAGGGUCCCUGGAAUUCGAGCUGCGUCACCUGCAGGGGAAAAAUGCCACUGUGUCGGUCCGAACAUCAAAGAUCAAGAAGUCCCGUCCUGAGCGUGUCCAGUGGAGGACUUACCGAUACAAAAAGUAUGGUGCCGGAAGCCGUGCGAUAGAGCACCGCAUGACGGCAAGUGUAUUCGCGUCAGUCAUGGAAGGCAGCGAUUCCCUUGGAGAGCGACUAGGAGUGAACACCCACUUUCAUCAAAUCCCUGUUCAACCACCCACCAAAGAGUACCCAGUGUCUAAGACAAAGAAACCACCACAAGCUCUGCAAGGAAAUUCCCCGUUCAGUCCCAAGGUGGAGAACAGGGAAAGACCUAAGGGAAAACGCAAAGUUGUGGGAGGGUUUGAGGUGUUCGAUGACCCAGAAGAAACAGUAGUGACUGCACUGCAGCGCUUUCUGUACCCGGCCUAUUCACACUCUUUUAUUGCGAGUCUCGUGCCGGGAUCCGCUGGACGGCGAACUCAGGGUAUUGGGGGCCUAGCUGAAGCCACUGCCCACGGUAGAAUGGAGUGGCUGACCGAUUCCACAGUCUUUGCAGAUCGUAAGCUGAAUGAAAUACUGGAGGAAAAGAUGAGGGAAAGAUCAAUUCAUUUUCCUCUGUUCACAAACUCUUUGCGGUUGGCCUUGUCAGGGCAGAACCAUCCGCGGGACAGCGCGAAAGGCGGGUUGGAAAACGAUGGCCCCGCCGUUUUAGAUGCCGUCCGGUAUGCAGAAACUGCGGCAGCCUUAUCAGCAUUUUAUGAUCAGGUAGAGCGAGAAGGAGCAGAAGAAGCAAAGAAGAAGCCCGACGUGGGCACCCUGCAAGAUAUCGCUUUCCAGUACUCAUUCGAUAACGUCCCCUUAGAACAUAAGCGAGCCCUAUGGAAAGAGUAUCUUCAAGUGCAGCUUGAGGAUCGCGGCCACGAGAUCGUCCUUCCCGAAGAACCCCCCCAAGCUCAGCUAGACGACGAAACAAGCCGUGAUGGCAAUGUGUUUUCCUCUGAAAGGAAAACAGCUGAGUAUGCUGCGAGGGCAGUUGACAACUCUCCUUUUCUUCACCAGCCACUUGUGGCAUUAGCAGAUGAAAUGAAUAAAAGGGAUAAGGAUGCUGGUGAGCAGGGUGAGCGCCACCCUCUAUUAAUGUCGAACAUCCGCUUUUUGGACUUGUUAGCUGACAGUCUGACCAUGGAAGCUGACACACGAGACGGAUCCAGUGAUGCUGCUCUGAAAUGGGAGAUUCCUACACUCGACACCCGAGAAUUCCAGGCGCAUGACAAAGUUGGGGGAGACUCGGGGAAUGUUUUCACUCACCUAAGUGAUGGUUCUGUCUCUAAGGAAACGCUGGAGGAUCUCCUACUUCCGCGGGUAGGGUUCGACAGGGGAAACGGCGCGCUGCUUGGCGUAGACUCUUGGGAAUUCGAAGACAGUUUAGAAUCUGAUGAUAGUGACUGGUUUCAGGAUAACGAUCACGCCCACGAUGACAGCUUUGCAUGGCCGUGGGAUCUCGAUUUCAUCGUCAUCUGACAACGCAAAUUGGGCAGUUGCUCAUUAUAGAAACAUACAUCUCAUCUCAGAAAAAAAUCACCGAAGACAUUUGGCGCC